AAUCCGUAACCCUGGUUGUGACGCUACCGACAUCAAAUGCGGUAGUGACACCGACCGAAAGCAGCCGACCGAAGUGGAGAUAUCGAAAGGGACUGAAUCACGGAGCUGAAACGAAUAAAGACUCCGUGUGUUAACCCGCACUUGGGAUAUCAGUGAUGGGGAACGCGGAGAGCGGCGGCACCGGGAGCGGUGACGAGGAGGACAUUGAGGCGGAGAGCCCGAGUUUCACGGAAGGCGGCCCGGCCUCUGCGGUGGCCACGGGAACCCAGACUGGCGGCGGCGGCGGCAGCGGCUCAGCAGCAGGAGGCACCGGCACGGGACGCAGCGGCCGGGGCUCGACUCACGCGCCUGUAGCGAGCUCCGGCCUGCCGUCGCCCGAGGCCCUGAUGGAGCAGGUGCGGCUGAGAGAGGCAGCGGGCCGCGCCGGUGACACCACCACUCUCACCGUGUCCGAAUCUGCGAUCGCCCGCAACGAGAGCGCGCUGGUGCGCUGGCUGGAGGAGCGUCUCGGCCGCGGGGAGGAAGCGCUCACACUGGAGCAGUUCUGUGACAUGCUGGAGAGCAGAGACGCGCAGCGCGACGAGUGCGAGGAGGCUUUCGGUCAGUUCGAUGCCGAGGGCGAUGGGGUUGUUGAUGUCGAGAGCAUGCUCAUGGCCCUGAAGAACAGCAAUGGCGCAAAUCUGCAAGGAGAACUUAGUCACGUGAUCAGACAGCUGCAGGCCUGCUCUCUGACUCCAGGAUUUGUGGACAUCUUCUCCAAGUCAAAAGACAAAAUCGGGGCGCACGCCUCAAAGAUCCUGAAGUUCCUGCACAGGAAUCGCAUCCCGAGCAGUGCAAUUCCCUUCCCCAUUCUGGAUGGCUACAACAGCAUCAGCUCAAUGAGGGCCGCAGUGCUGCAGGACUUCCUGGAUUACCUUCUGCAGAAAGAGAAAGACCUGGACAUUCAGUACGGGACAGAGCUAACCCAGGGCCCGGAAGUGGAUCGGGUCAAGGUGGUCUCUCAGUGCUACAGCUCCAUCGAGGCCUCGUCCAACAGCGCAGACGUCCACAGGAUGACCAACGGUGAAACCGUGUCCUACUGGCAGUCUGACGGCAGCGCACGCUCCCACUGGAUCAGGUUAAAGCUGAAGCCAGAUGUGGUGCUGAGGCGUUUGGCUAUCGCUGUGGCCUCCAGCGAUCACAGCUACAUGCCACAGCUGGUGUCUGUAUCUGUAGGAAAGAGUCGGCGUUCGCUGCAGGAGAUCAGAGACAUUCGCAUCCCCAGCAACGUCACAGGCUAUGUGCCCCUGCUGGACAACGCCAACAUCUCUCAGCAAUAUGUUCAGAUCAACAUCAAGCGGUGUUUAAGUGACGGCUGUGACACGCGCAUCCACGGCCUGAAGACGAUGGGCUACCAGGUGACUAAGAGCAAAGAGGUGUCCGUGUCAGACGCCUCGGCUAUCUGGUACCUCUCUCUGCUUACCUCACUGGUCACCGCGUCUAUGGAGACGAACCCCGCCCUUGCCAACACUGUUCUACAGAGCACACAAAAAGCCUUACAGCACAUGCCGCCUCUGUCGUUAACGCCGUCUUCUACCGAGUUCCCCAAGUUCUUCUCCCCCAACAUCCUGGAAGAGGUGGAUGCCUUCCUCCUCCGAAUCGCAGAUUGCUGUGUGACUCCGGAUGCUGAGUUGACUCUCUUGGCGUUUGCUCUGGCUCGGGGCAGCGUGAUGAAGGUGUUGCUGUCUCUGGCUGGGAUGUGUGAGCGUGUGGACUCCGAGUACCGCGCUGCCUCGCUGCUGGCCUCCAUGGCCUCGGUGCGCCUCCAGCUGCUCUACCGCAACGGUAAAACUUUACAGCUACAUUUGCAAGCGUGCGAUGUGAAGAGCCGGGAUGAUAAGUGCGGCCCGGAGAACAUGCUGACCGAUCCCUCUACAGGAGACGGUUUUCUCACAGAAAGCGGGAAGACGAGGGCCAGUGUGAUUCUCUCCACCGAGGACCAGACGUGCUUCCAGGUCACACAGAUCAGAAUCAAAGUGCGUAAAGGGGCCAUCGGCGCUAAAUGUGGCCUGGUGUUCACUUACAACGACGCUGAGGUUUUUGACGCAGACAAGCACUUUAAGAAGUUCAGGAAGUAUGACUCCUGGGAUUUUAACGACUACAAGGAGUUUGUCCAAGACAAACAUUCCAAUAAAGGAGCAGCAGAUGUGAGGGAGGAGAAUCCCGUCGGCUGGUUUGAGCUGGAGGACGACUGGAACGAUGUGGAGAUCAAGCUACAGCAGUGCCGUGUUGCAAAUUUCCUCAUGGUGAAGUUCCUGUGCGUGAGGCAGGACUCGGCCGAGCGGCUCGGGGUUCAGCAGCUCGACUUCAGCGGCUACGUGUGUCCGGAUUCUGAGAAACUGGAGGAGGAGGAGCAACUGAACACUCGCACGCAGGGGGCCGACUGCGGCCUGGUCACGGGCCUCACGCUAAUCAGAAAGACUCUGUACUUCAUCCAGCAGCUCACCCGAGACAUGGACAUGAUGCUGCACAAGCAGAAGUCUUUGUUAGACUUCAGUGAGCUGAACUUGCCGCUCUUCUGGGACUUCUACAGAAAACUCAGGUCUAUUGAUGGAGAAGAGGCGAUGAAAGCCCAGGUCCUCCUGCUCCAACUCCUUCAGAACUGUUUCCCAGCUCUUCCUGCCUUACCAGAGUCCCGGGGCUCACCGGAGAACACGGCGUCAUCCUCUUCCUCCUCCUCCUCAUCAACAUCAUCAUCAGCAGCAGCAGCUGCAGCAUCAGUGAGCACAGAUGUGGAUCCAUCUGAGGCUGUAGGGGCUCUUUAUAGUCACCUCUGUCAGGUUGUGGACGGGCCUGAAGGAGAGUCUGCAGUGGAAAAAGCUCAGAGGAAACAGGCAAUGAAGGCCAUCCUGAGCGGCGCUGCCAUCUUCUACCCAGACAAACAGAGCCGGCGGGACAAACUCUUUGACAUGAUGAAGAACUUGACUGAGGAAGAUCAGCCGGAGUCGGCUAAGCUGACAUUCGAGUCGCUCUGUAAUUAUUUCAGUGAUCAGGACCCGAGCGGUCUCCUGCUUCUGCCUCCUAAAGGAGCACCCGCUGACUUUGACAUCUCCCCCAUCCUCAAUGUUAUGGACACACUGCUCCUCGUGGCCACUAGAGAGUGCGAGAGGAUGAUGGUGGACGGCUCUGGAGGACCCAGUCGGAAGGUCCUGCUCUCUCUGUUCUGGGCUCUGCAGGGCAGUUUGCUCUCCUGGUGCUUCCUCCAGCUCAAAGGAGGCGUGGCCACAGCCGGCGAUCUGGCCAGAGACAUCCUGAUCAAAUAUGUAGCACAGUUCCUUGCCAACACCCGAACCACGCUGAGCUCCCUGCUGGAGAGAUACUCUGCGACCGACAUCGUCGCCAAGCUCGGCAACUCCAUCGUCACCAUGGCGACCAGGCAGCUGGCGAUCUUCCUGCUGGAGCUGUGUGCUCUGGACGUUCCUCACGGCAUCAUUCUCAAGAGCUUCUUCUCUCUGCUCGAGCUGCUCAAGAAGCUGUCCAGCGGUGUAGAGGAGUCCUCCAAGGGGGAUGUGGACGGCUGGCAGCAUCCUCAGCAGCCGGUGGUAUUAAAGACAUGGGCGAUGGAGUCCCCUCACAAUUAUGAAGACAGUAAACAUGAGAACACAGUGUUCCUCUGUCCCGGUGCCACGUAUUUCGAGGUGGAAUUUGACGAGCGCUGCGAGACGGAGAAGAGGUACGACUAUUUGGAGUUUACAGAUUCCAGAGGAGGCAAAGUGCGCUACGACAUGAAGGUCGGCUCUGAAAAGUGGCCAAAGAAAGUCACGUUUAAAGCAGGCCACCAGCUGCAGUUCCUGUUCCACUCGGACAGCAGUAACACAGAGUGGGGCUACAAGUUCACGGUGACGGCGUUCGGUCUUCCAGACAUCAGCGUCUCCUGGAUCUCUGACCUGCAGCUCCUCGUGUCGAGGCUGAUGGGCCGCCUGGCUUCACGCACCAUGGCGCUCAAAUCCACACCCAAAGUUCACAUUGUGAAGGAGCUUCCUGCAGCCGUGAUGAACCACGUGAUUUCCUCUCCUCUGUGGAAGCCCGUGUUCAUGCACGGCCUGAGCGGACCAGCCAUAAGCCGAGAACCUGAACGCCGUAGCAACGAUACAAAACAGACAAAAUCCGUCUCCUCCGGAGAUGACCUGCUGGAGUUCCUGGUGGACUUCGCUCGCUGGGAUCCUUCCCGCGAGUCAUGCGACGAAAGGGCGGAGCUUAUGAGGAACCUCAUGCUGUCAUGCAAGAAGCAGCUAAUCAGGAACGAGAUUGCCGUGGGGUCGAAGGUCGACCAGGCCGUAAACGCAAUCUGGGCGGCUAUGGUUUACCACACCCCAGCUCUUCAGACGCUGCUCAGGAACUUUGUGCUAAAGCAGGGGCAGAGCUGUGUGAGUGAGGACCUCGUGCAAGUCUACAUGCUCGCUGAUGGCAUCAGGACAUGGAUGUUGGAGAUGAAGCAGCGCUCCCUGCUGGUCAAAAUGAAUGGGUCAGGAGAGAAAGGGGACGGUCAAGGAGAUGUUACACCGGAGUCUUUGGCUGAGAUCUGCGUCAGUAAGAGCUUGCUGUUGUUCAGGUUCAGCCCCUGUGCGGGCAGUGCCGCCGCACCUCCUCCAUAUCCUGAACCCUGUAAACCAGCAGAGAGCCCUAUCAUCCCUGCUCUCCCUCACUCUGUGUCUAUAUCAGAAGGUGAUUUCCAGCCCUGUCCCGCUCCCUCCUCCUCCUCCAUCUUCUCCCAGAGUCCUACAAGAGUAGAGGCUCAGAUCUCUGCUUCCUCAGAACCCCGAGCUUCCAGCAGUGCCAGUGCUCAGGGUUCUAGAGGAUCCACAGAGAGCCUUCACUCUCAGGGUGGAGAGCCCAUGUCCCCGCUGACCUUUUCCCGCAGGGCGCCUUUCAGUUGCGGCCGCCUCAGACUGCUUUCCUACCGCUCGGUUGAGGAAACGCGUCCCACUCCGUCAGUCAAAGAGAGAUUCCCAGUUCUCAAACAUGUAUUCAGCUUCAUGAAGGACGUGGUGAUUAGUGAGAGCAGUGUUCUCCAGACUCUUGCCUUAAAAAAGUCCCAGGCUACGAGUGUGUGUGAAGUUUUAGACAUGGUGCAGCAGUGUUUACUCUCCCUGGGGAAACCACACCUCUUCCAGGCUCCCUGCAUUCUGUUCCUGCAGGAGCUGCUGGCCUGCCAGAAAGACUUCACCAAUUAUUUCUCGCAGUUAUCCGGCUGUGGGCUGGAUCUGAGGGAGCAGGUCAGAUCGUCCUACCAUCAGCUCAUCCGCAUGCUCGUAGAGGCGGUGCAAGGAUUCAGCGAGCUCAAUGACAAGGUGCUGCUGCCGGCAUUGUCGUGUGUGCAGACGUGUCUGCUCCACCUGCUGGACAUGAGCUGGGAAGUUCAAGACCUGCCUCUUUUUGAAGACAUCAAGUUACCUGAUCUGCUGCUCACCAUGUCUCAGGAGAACAUCAGCGUGCAUGACAUCGCCAUCAGUCAGUGGACAGAAGAGGACGAGAUUGCAGACUAUGAGAGGAACACCGAGUGGAUGGACGAGUGCAUGGAUGGCAUGUUCGAGAAAUGGUUCAACAAGAUCGCCCAGGCCUCAGCAGACGACAAGAGAAAGAUGCACAUGUUCAUUGCGCGGUACUGUGAUCUGUUGAACGUGGAGAUCUCGUGUGACGGAUGUGAGAGAAUCGCUCCCGGACACCGCUACCGCUGUCUGCAGUGCACGGACAUGGACCUGUGCAAGACCUGCUUCCUCAGUGGCGCCAAGCCCGAAGGGCACGAGGACGAGCACGAGAUGGUGAACAUGGAGUACGCUUGUGAUCACUGCCAGGGUCUUAUCGUAGGCAGCAGGAUCAACUGCAACGUCUGCGAGGACUUCGACCUCUGCUUCGGCUGCUACAACGCCAAGAAAUACCCCGACAGUCAUCUUCCCACGCACCGGAUCACAGUCUACCCCAUGGUGACCAUCCGCAUCAGCGAUCGGCACAGGCUCAUCCAGCCGUACAUCCACAACUACUCUUGGCUCCUGUUUGCCAGCCUGGCCUUGUUCACCUCCGAGCUGAUGAGCGAGUCAACAGAUACCGUGGCUCAAGGUGACGCUGCGGCGCUGCAAAGCCGAUGCUCCCAGCUCAUCACUGAGUGUCUGAUGAAGGGCCAGACAGGAAAAGGUUUGCGUGCUUCAGCUCUUUUGUCUUUGCUCUCCCCUAAUGAGCCGGAGCCUUGUCCUCCCAGCCCAGAGCGCAGUCAGGAGCUCAGCAUCUCGGACACAUCCUCACUGCCUGGCAGCACUGCAGCUCUCUGCUCUCCACCAUCCUCUCUUUAUAAAACGUUGUCUGCAGACGAUGCACUGGAUUCUCCAUCGCUGUCCAGUGAAGGCACACUGUCUCCAGAGCUCAGAGCUGCCGAUUCCAGUGGAGAUACCAUCACGUCUCCCACCUCCGAGCACCUGGCCACGAAUAACGAGCAGGAAGACCGGAUGCCUAAAGGGCCUCUGCAGGAACAGGUGUUCGCAGAGUGUUCCAGGGAGAGGAUUCUGGGAUUGCUGGCAGCCAUGUUACCUCCAGCCAAACCGGGCACUACGAUUUCCCUCUCCGGGCUGAGCCCUAUCCUGCCUCUGCUCUUCCGUGUGGUCAUCUCUAAUGCCGGCUGUCUGAACGAGGCCUACCACCUGACACUCGGGCUUCUAGGGCAGCUGCUUCUGCGCAUCUCACCCGCCGAGGCCGACGCCGCCGUCACCGAGGCUCUUUCUGAGAAAUACGAGCUGCUGGCGCCGGCCAAUGGAGCGAUCGACGAAACGGAAGGCUGGAAAACCACCCAGCUUCUGUUCGGCCUUGGAGCCGUGUGCUUGGACAGUCGCAUCGGUUUGGACUGGGCCAGCACAGUGGCGGACAUCUUGAGAAAUCUGAACGCGUGUCCUCAGUGGUCUGAAGUUACUGCAAGCUACACUGACCACUGCAUUCAACAGCUACCACACCAACUCAAACGUACCAACAUCUUCACUCUGCAUGUCCUAGUCAUCUUCCCUGAGGUGCUGUGUAUGGGAACUCAGUCGGUAUUCAUAGACAAUGCUAACGAGCAGCACAACAUCAUUCUGCUCAAACACUUCACCGAGAAGAACCGAGCCGCCAUCAUCGACGUCAAGACUCGUAAAAGGAGGACGGUGAAGGAUUACCAGCUGAUGCAGGCUGAUGAGAGCUUGGCUCUGUCCAGCCACUACCUGAAGAACCUAAUCUCCAUUGUGAGCCAGCUGCUGCAGACUGGCGUGGAGAGCAGCUCCCCGGACGCAGUGGAAGCCACCUGGGUGCUCUCACUCACCCUCAAAGGCCUCUACAGCAUCCUAAAGAAGCACGGCAGUGAACAGGCUCAGCAGGCCAUGCACAGCGCCGGCCUUAUGCACCUGCUGGUCCGCAAAUGCAGUAAGGGCACGGGAUUCAGCAAGACGUGGCUGUUGCGUGACCUGGAGAUCCUGUCUAUCAUGCUUUACUCGUCCAAACGUGAGAUCCAUUCCAUGGCCGAGGAGAGCGAGAGCGGCGAGCGAGAGGAGGACCGAGAGAGCGAGAAAGAGCACGACUCGGACCUUUCCAGCUGCGGUGCUGAAGAUGUCGACCCACUCGAGGGGCUGGAUGAAGAGACCAAAGCCUGCUUCCAGCUUACUCAUGAUGCUUUAAACGCUCCUCUGCACAUUCUGAGAGCCUUGUACGAACUCCAGAUGAAGAGGACGGACUCCUUUUUCCGGGAAGUGCAGAAACGGUUCGACGGAGACGUGAUAAAGACGGACGAGACGAUCCGGACACUGGCGCAGAAAUGGCAGCCUGCUAAACGCGUGCACUCAGACGAGCGUCACGCAAAGGCCGUGGACACGGAUAUGAUCAUCAUCCCCUGCACGUUGAAACCAAGCCGUUGCGAGACGGCCACCGAGGAGACGAACGCGGUGACGCAGAAGCUGAUCACCAUCACAGAAAGUGAGCUGCAGCUCAGUUAUGCCAAGCAGCGGCGCACCAAGAGCUCAGCGCUGCUGCACAAGGAGCUGGAUGCACGCAGCAACAAGGCUGUGCGCCACUACCUGUUCCGGGUGAACGAGGCCAUCAGCAUCCUGUACGCCCGCCAUGUGCUGGCUCUGCUGCUGGCCCACUGGCCCGACAGUAGCCCUAUCAGAGAGGAGGAUUUGGAGCUGAGCGGAGCCUCACACAUGGCCCACAUCCUUGACAUGCUUAUGCAGCUGGAGGAGAAGCCAUUGUGGGAGAAGAUCCUGCAGAAAGUCAUAAAAGGCUGCAGUCGGAGCAUGCUGGACAGUUUGUCCCUGACUGCGUGUCAGUUCAUGGAGGAGCCUGUUAUGGCCAUGCAGGUCCGGGAAUCCAAACACCCCUACGACAACAACACCAACUUUGAGGACAAGGUGCACAUCCCCGGGGCUUUUUAUCUGUCUGUGAAGUUCGACUCUCGUUGCCAAACUGAGGAGGGCUGUGAUGAGCUGCAGCUGGCCAGCAGCGCCGACUUCCAGCAGGACCUGCACACUUUUAGCGGCUCCUACCACAAAUGGGCUGAUGUGGAGAUACCAGGGGACACUCUUCACUACAGGUUCGUGUCAGACAUGAGUAAUACAGAGUGGGGCUACAAGUUCACUGUGACUGGAGGACAUCGCGGACGCUUCCAAACUGGUUUUGAAAUACUGAAGCAGAUGUUGGCUGAUGACCAGGCUCUCGGCCAUCUGCCGCUGGCAGACAUCUGGGAAUGGCAGGUGGGCGUGGCCUGUCGUCAGACAGGAAGUCAGCGCUUAAAGGCAAUUCACCUUCUCCUGCGGAUACUGCAGUGUCCUACUCAGUGGGGCUGUGAUUUGACCCUUCUGAGGCCGCUCUGGCAGCUCUUUACCACCAUGGAGGGUGGCGUGAAUCAGGAUCCCACCUGCAUUACUGUCCUGUUGCCUCUUCAUCGAGCCCUCACUGAACUCUUCUUCAUUGCUGAGACCAAAGCCUUGGAGCAGGGCAUACUUCAGGAGUAUCUGCUCGCUCUCACAACCAACGAGCAACUCAUAACGCGCACAACUCAGGCCCUGAAGAACAUCGCCGCCAUCAGCCUGGCCAUCAAUUACCCUAAUAAAUCCACCAGACUGCUGAAUGUUUCUCCCUGAAGCGGGGAAAGCCAGGGCUGUCGGCGUAGUGUGUGUCCUCCAUCGCUGCCUUAAAGCAGGCAGCUGAAACAAGGUGUACCAGGAAAUCCCUCUCCCUCUCUCUCUCUCUCUCUCUCUCUCUCUCUCUCUCUAACACUCUCUCUCUCUCUCUCUCUCUCUCUAACACUCUCUCUCUCUCUCUCUCUCUCUCUAACACUCUCUCUCUCUCUCUCUCUCUCUCACACACACACACGCAUGUGCAGCGUCUUCCAGAAUCCGGAACCCUCUUCAUCAAAAAAGGAACACUCCGAGAAGAGUUCUCCGUUAUCUUUAAUGUCAUUUUAGUCGAGGACAUCAGAAUUAGCAACACUGAUUUGAAAGCGCUUCGGACAAGCCAAAGGACUUCCCAAGAACUCAAGAGCAUCCUUCUUCCUCCCUCCCCCCCCCCCCCCCCUACUUGAAGCCGCUCCAGCGCUGAAAACAGGGCAGCGGUGCCGCGUGCCAAAUUUGCCAUCGUUUUCCUCAAGCAAAGUCGCUCUUCCCUCCUUUUAUUUAUGCCCCUCUUUUUCAAGCGCACCUUGGGCGAGACAAUCGAUCAUACUGAAAGCAGGUCAUCUCUCACCGCUUUGGCCCUAAAAAUACAAGCAGGCCACGCAGCCUCAUCCGUCAGAGCGGCCCGAGACUUCAGCCCAAGCAGCGCUAGCCGCAGAGUCACGCCGCAGAGAAUCGCCUGAAAAUUUUCUUCUCAGCUUUACAAAAACGACUGUAACAAAACACAGUUUGGUUGGUUUUUUGUGUGUGGUUUUUUUUUUUUUUAUUAUUAUUAUUACUAUUAUUAUUUGGAUGUUCACAUCACAUGUAUACUAUUAUAUAUCCAUCACUUGAAAACGCUCAUUCUUAUACAUGAACCCGCACCUAGGAUGUUGGUUUGAUGUGCCAUAGGCGCCUGCAGCCUUGAAUCGGUCAGUACACUGACGGGUUUAGAAUACGGGACCGCUCUGGACCCGAGACUAAAAUCAUCUUUUGCUUAGUUUUUCUUCCUGGUUUGAACAACUAAAUGAACAAGGUUAAGGGAAUGUUUUUUUUUUUUUUUUUUUUAAGUUAGAGUGACGUGGUGGUGGGAAGGUUUACACGUUUGUUUUCAGGGUUGUUUUUUUUUUUUUUUUUUUUGGUCAUUGCAUAGAAAAUCAACAAUCAGAUGCGUGAUUAAAAACAUUCUUGAUUUUUAAUUUAUUUUAGUGGGUGUAAACUAAUAAUAAUAAAAUAAAAAAAAUCGAAAGUUGUUGACGCCAAAGAUACUUCUCGCCUAAAAGAGAGAAAAAAAAUGUAGUCAUCUUUAAAGAAUGAGGAACGUUCCAGAAGGUAGUGCGGGUUUCUAACAGGAUAUGUGAGUGAAAAGAUAAUAGAUUUUGAGGUAUUUUUGCAUUGCUGACUGAAGAUUGGUUAAAGGGAUUAAUAGGACUGGCGUUGAGGUUAUACACAGACCCUUUAGUCUUCAGUAAUUUUGUUUACAAAAGUACAUACAGAGCAUUAGCCGCUUUCGGUGCCUGAACUCCACUUUCAAGAUGGCUGCCAAGUAGACUUCUGGUCUCUCCAAGCCUCAGAUCUGGAUAAAUUUAUGUGCCUAUGUUCGAAAUGAAGCAAUCUUGAUUUGUCAUGUCAUUGUAUGUGAACUUAACCCUUAUAUUUUUUAAAAUGAGACUUCUAUGCCUUUAAUUUGAGGUAUCUCUUCUUUUUUUUUUUUUCAUGAAUGUCAUCCUUUGUUUUGUAUUGGUUCAUCCAUUACUUGGUUGAUGUUUCAUGUUAAUUAAAAUCGACAUGAAUGUAAAUAGUUCUGUAUUAUAAUGGUAAUUGCACAUAUAGGAAAAAAAAAUAUUUCAUAUCAACUCACUCCCCGUAAUAAAUCCAAAUGAUUUAAUAUAUUGUUCUGGGUUAAAGAUUUAACUCUUGAUUUUAUAUGUCAUGGCACUUGGGACAAAAAUUGAGUUUUUAAUUAAAAUGCCAUUGAUGCUC